ACACACAUUCACACACAGUUGAUAUUCAAGAAAUUUGGGCAAACUAAAAAAGAGGUUAAUUAAAGUUGGAAGUAAUCAAGAAACUGCAAGCCAAAAGAUUGAUAAUAUUUUGUAAAAGGCUUGAGAGUGAGAUUUGUCUGUAUGACUUACAUACAAUUUUCAAGGUAUCCUGGAGUUGAGAGUUUUCAUCACUGCUACUACUUUUGAGAGAGUUAUAGAUAAGUGUUUUGAAUAAUGGAACCUUCAAGAGGCCACCACCAUGCUCAAUAUUACUAUCCCAUUCAGCCUCAGAACAUUGAGUCAGCAUCAUCAUCAUCUCAGGCCUUCUUAAGUUCCACCUUAAGACCUCCAGAUAUGAAGCCUGUAAAUUUUUCUAUCCAGACAGGUGAAGAGUUUGCUCUUGAAUUUAUGCGGGAUCGGGUUAAUCCUAGGAUGUCGUUCAUUCCAUACUCUGCCGAGGAUCCUAAUCUUGCGACUAGCUAUAUGGAACUCAAAGGCAGUGUAGGCAUUGGUCACCCUGGGUUGGAAAGUAGGUCCAAUGUUUCCAUGCUCGAUAUUGUACAAAGAGGUUCGAUAGAUAAUUUCUUAUCUAUGCCGUCAGUGCACCGGACCAAUAGUAAUCGUGACAAUUCUUCAACAAGGAUUAAGAUUUUAUGCAGUUUUGGUGGCAAAAUUUUACCUCGUCCAAGUGACAGAAAACUUAGAUAUGUUGGAGGAGUUACAAGGAUUAUUCGUAUAAGAAAGGACAUAUCUUGGCAAGAAUUGUGGCAGAAAAUGCUAGCACUAUAUAACGAAACGUCUUCAAUCAAGUAUCAGCUUCCCGGGGAGGAUUUUGAUGCUUUGGUAUCUGUCUCUUGUGACGAGGAUUUGCUGAAUAUGAUGGAGGAGUGUAAAGUUCUUGGUCACGGUGAGGCCUCAAAGAAGCUUAGAAUGUUCUUAUUCUCCUUGAGCGACUUGGAUGAUGCUCAUUUUAGUUUGGCCAACUCCAGUGGUGAUUCAGAGGUUCAGUUUGUAGUAGCCGUCAAUGGUUUGGACUUGGGUUCAAGAAGGGAGUCAAGUCUGCAGGGUCAACGGAGUUCUUCAGCAAAUAAUCUUAAUGAGCCCAGUCGACAGGUUUCAAACAUGAACAUAAGUAACAAUUUGCCACCUUUGACCUUCAUAUCAUCAUCGUUAUCAAACCCAUCGUCGGUCCCGCCAAACUCUUCUGGUGCUUAUGAGAACCAUUCUCUGAUGCAUGACGGGGCUGUCUCUCGGUCCUCAUUUGACAAACCUCUUGCUGUUCAACAGAACAAUGAUGGGCUUGUAAGUCAGUCAGGGGGUUUUCACGACAUGCAAAAUCAGCAGCCACCAGUAAAGAAGCCAAUGCCCAAUGGAGAUAACUCUGUUAAGCAAGAGGUUGAGCACGGAUUAAGAAACGAAGGAUCGUUAAAUGAAGGAUCUGUAAGAAAUGAAGCAGUGGAGGAAAAGCCUUCUCCAGAGAAGGCUAAAAUGAGUGAGGAGAGGCACCAGGAUCAAGAACAGGUGAAUUCUUCCCUUGAUACUGCUAGCGUGGAAAAGGGUAGUAAAAUAAAUGACAAUGAUUCAUAUGGUGGGUCAGAGUCUGAUCUGAUAGAUUUGAGCUACCUUGAGCCUCUUGUACCUCCUCCACGUGUUUAUCAUUCUGAGAGACUUCCUCGAGGGACGGCAGAGUUGAACAGGCUAACAAAGUCUGACGAUUCACUUGGUUCUCAGUUCACUUUAACUCAUUCACGUUCUGAUGUUGGCCCACAAGAUACUAUCUCAGAAGAUCUUCCUUCUCAAAAUGAGCUACCUCCCAUUUCAACAAGCAAAGGGAAGUCAAAACCUGUGAAUGAUAAUGAGGGCAUCCAAGACAAGCAGAUACAGUCUGGCCGUGAAACAAACACAGCGGUGGUUAAUGAUAAAAAUGUCCAGUUUGAGAAACCAGCAGAAACUAGAUCACCACCAAGGGAUCAUACUGAUCCUGCAACUAACCAUUUGGAGUACAGUCAGGGUGAACAGGUGGCUAGUGAUUCUACUGCUAACGAUGCUCAAUCUUCUACUCCUAAUGCACAUGGAGAUAUAAUAAUUGACGUGAAUGAUCGGUUUCCACGGGAUUUUCUGUCUGAUAUAUUCACAAGAGCAAUGAUGUCUGAAGAUUCACCUAAUGUACGUGUCCUACCACAAGAUGGAGCAGGACUAAGCGUGAACAUAGCAAACCAUGAACCUCAACACUGGUCAUAUUUCCAGAAAUUGGCACAAGAUGAUUUCCAACACAAGGACGUUUCUCUUAUUGAUCAACAUCAACUUGCAUUUUCAUCUGGACUUCCAAAAGUUGAAGAAGCUUCUGGAAGCCAGCUGGAUUCCACACAGGUUUUUGCUGAAGAUAGAGAAAAAGAUGCACCUUACACUACAGGGCCUGGUCCCACAGCACAUUUUGAUCCAUCACAUGUCGAAGUCAGUGAAAGCAUGCAAUUUGUUGAUAUGGUGGAGAACAUGAGGAUGCCAGAGUCAGAGUACGAGGCCGCAAGAGGGAAUGUUGGGCUGUCUACUAUUGGUCCUUCUCUGGAUGACUUCGAUCUCAGUUCAUUGCAGAUCAUAAGGAAUGAAGAUCUUGAAGAAUUAAGGGAGCUUGGUUCUGGCACAUUUGGAACAGUUUACCAUGGAAAAUGGAGGGGAUCAGAUGUCGCCAUCAAGCGAAUAAAGAAAAGCUGCUUUGCAGGCCGAUCUUCUGAGCAGGAGAGAUUGACUAUAGAGUUUUGGCGAGAAGCUGGCAUACUAUCGAAGCUUCACCAUCCAAAUGUUGUGGCAUUUUAUGGUGUAGUACAAGAUGGACCUGGUGGGACAUUAGCUACUGUCACAGAGUUCAUGGUUGAUGGUUCGCUAAGGCAUGUCUUACUUCGCAAAGAUAGGCAUCUGGAUCACCGAAAGAAACUUAUAAUUGCAAUGGAUGCAGCCUUUGGGAUGGAGUAUUUACAUUCCAAAGACAUUGUGCAUUUUGACCUUAAAUGUGACAACUUGCUGGUCAAUAUGAAGGAUCCAUCACGCCCUAUUUGCAAGGUUGGUGAUUUUGGACUUUCAAAGAUCAAGCGCAACACUUUGGUUUCAGGUGGAGUUAGGGGAACCCUGCCUUGGAUGGCUCCUGAGCUACUCAAUGGUAGCAGCAGUAAAGUAUCUGAGAAGGUUGAUGUGUUCUCUUUUGGAAUCGUGUUAUGGGAGAUUUUGACUGGUGAAGAGCCUUAUGCAAAUAUGCACUAUGGUGCAAUUAUAGGAGGCAUUGUUAGCAAUACUUUGAGACCCCCUAUUCCAAAAGAUUGUGAUGGCGAAUGGAGACGACUAAUGGAACGGUGUUGGGCACCUAACCCUAUGGUCAGACCAUCCUUCACUGAAAUAACCAAACAGUUACGUGUCAUGUCUGCAGCGUCUCACAGUAAAAAGGUCACACCCCCAAAGGAUCAUAGCUAAUGCUUGCCUUUCCCUAUUAAACGAUAUUCAAAAGUGUAUAUAAUAGAUGCUAAAAUUUUGGCACAAGGGGAAAUCAGAACUUUUGUGAUGAAUUGGUAUAUAAUUUCAUAAAUGUAUCAUUAUAAUACAUGGUCAUGAUCUGUAUAUGGGAGAAAUGUGUGAUGAUUUUCUUUAUUUGAAAUAACUGCUGAAUUAAAUUUGGCAGAA